GAUGCUUUCGUUUUGUUAUCUGGGUGCUCCCUGCCGUCUGCCAUGCUUUCCAGGUAGGAGAUGCGGGCUGUCCUGGCAGGUGCGUCUCUGCCGCUGGGAAGAAGAAGCCUCGUCUGAAGAUGGAGAGAUAAGACGUUGUCUGGCAGGCCUGUGCGACAGAAAGCCGUGGCCGCCCCGGCCUGGGAGCCCUGGUCCUGGAGAUGGAUCGCAACCGAGAGGCCGAGGUGGAGCUGAGAAGGGGCCCGAGCCCCACCAGGGCCAGCAGGAGCCCCGAGGUGGACGGAGACAAGGCCAUGAGCCAUAGCUGCUGCAUCUGUGGCAAGAGCUUCCCCUUCCAGAGCUCCCUGUCCCAGCACAUGCGCAAGCACACGGGGGAGAAGCCGUACAAGUGUCCCUACUGUGACCACAGGGCUUCCCAGAAGGGCAACCUGAAGAUCCACAUUCGUAGCCACCGCACGGGCACUCUGAUCCAGGGCCACGAGCCGGAGGCCGGUGAGACGCGCGUGUCCGAGGGCCUGGACGGCUGCACCAGCCCCACCAAGAGCACGUCCGCCUGCAACAAGAUCCUCAACGGCGCCGCCCAGGUGGACAACAGCAAGAUCCUGCUGAGGAGCAGCAAGAAGGAGGCCGCGGGGGCUGCCUGUGCCCCAGGGGACGGCAAGGCCACAGCCCAGUGCUCCUUUUGCAAGUGCCGGUUCGAGCGUAAGAAGGAGCUGGAGCUGCACGUGCACCAGGCCCACAAGCCGUUCCGCUGCCGGCUGUGCAGCUACAUGACGCUGAGGGAGGAGUCCCUGCUGAGCCACAUCGAGAAGGACCACAUCACCGCGCAGGUGCCCAGCGGGGCCGAGCCCUACGUGGAGAACGGCAAGCCCGAGCUGACCCCUGGGGAGUUCCCCUGCGAGGUGUGCGGCCAGGCCUUCAGCCAGACCUGGUUCCUGAAGGCUCACAUGAAGAAGCACAGAGGCUCCUUCGACCACGGCUGCCACAUCUGUGGCCGAAGAUUCAAAGAGCCGUGGUUCCUCAAAAACCACAUGAAGGCGCACGGCCCCAAGACUGGGAGCAAGAACAAGCCCAAGAGCGAGCUGGACCCCAUCGCCACCAUCAACAACGUGGUGCAGGAGGAGAUGAUCGUGGCUGGCCUGUCCCUCUAUGAAGUCUGCACCAAGUGCGGGAACCUGUUUACAAACCUGGACAGCUUGAACGCGCACAACGCCAUCCACCGCAGGGUGGAGGCCGGCCGGACGCGGGCCCCGGCCGGGGAGGGCGCGGUGCAGGGUGGCCCCCCGGACUCCCAGCAGCUCUUCCUUCAGUGCCUCAACCUGCGGCCUGCGGUGGCCAGCGCGCCCGCCCACGGGCAGGCGGGGCGGCGCGUGGCCGAGCUAGACCCGGUCAACAGCUACCAGGCCUGGCAGCUGGCCACGCGGGGCAAGGUGGCCGAGCCGGCCGAGUACCUCAAGUACGGGGCGUGGGANCCCGAGUGCUUCGAGUGCGGCAAGAUCUUCCGCACCUACCACCAGAUGGUGCUGCACUCCCGGGUGCACCGCCGCGCGCGCCGAGACCGCCAUGGCCCCGGAGACCGCGCGCCUCGUGCACGCUGCGGCUCACUCAGCGAAGGCGACUCGGCCUCCCAGCCCAGCAGCCCGGGCUCAGCCUGCGGUACUGCUGCCGACUCCCCGGGCUCGGGCCUAGCCGACGAGGCUGCCGACGAGAGCGGAGAGGACGGUGCGGCCGACCCUGCACCAGGGGGAAAGCCACACCGCUUCUGCUUUUCUGAAGAGGCAGCAUCGACCGUGCUCUCCAACGGAGAUCAGAGUCACACGCCUGGGAGGAACGCGUCAGACACAGGCACCACGGAGCCCAGAGCGGGGCGUGCCGCUUCUGUGUCUGCACUCGAAAACAGGGGCCGAGAUGCUCCCAAGAGAGCAGAACAGCCCAGGUUUUCCGUGGACUUCAAGAUGCCAGCGUUUCACCUGAAGCAGGAGGUCACCAUUUCCAGGGACACCGCAGACUUCCCUUCACAUUCGGAUCAGACUUUUCCAGAAGGAGCAGACCUGCAGCUCUUGUCCGAGAGCCCAGCUCACGCCUUGAAGGAGAAGCUGUCUGAUUUGCACACAAAGGAGCAUGCGGCUAGGGGGAGGAAGGUGCCGGCCCCCGACCUGAUCCCACUAGACCUCAGCGAGAGGUCGAGCCGGGACGACCCCAGCCACAAGGAGCUGGCCUCAUCCCUGCAGGCUGCGCUGGCCAUUCACCCGUGUCCUUACUGUGACCACAAGACGUACUACCCCGAGGUCCUGUGGAUGCACACACGUAUCUGGCACAGGGUCAGCUGCAGCUCCAUGGCCCCCCAGUGGAUUCAGCCCAAUGGUUACAAAAGCAUCAGAAACAACCUGGUUUUCCUUGCCCGGAGCGGACGCACGGGCCCCCCGCCUGCCCUUGGGGGCAAAGAGUGCCAGCCUCUGCCCAUCGCUCGGUUCACACGCACUCAGGUGCCAGGAGGGGCGCCGGGGCCCAAGGGCAGUUCCUCGCCCCUGAGCGUGACCACGAAAGCCGCUAGCAUGCCGAAGAGCAAGGAGAGCCAUUCCGGGGGCCCCUGUGCGCUUUGGGUGGCCGGCUCUGACGGGCCCCGGCAGGCCAAACCUGGCCAUGGCCCUGAGCCACACGGUGCCCCCACACAGCUGCCCCUGCCGAAGUCCAGGCAGGAGGCCAGCCCCAGACCGGGGCCCGCGGCGGGCGGCGGUGGCUUCAGCCGAAGUGCCACCCCCACGCCCUCCGUCAUCGCUCGGGCAGGCACCCAGCCCCCGACCAGCAGCAGGCCAGGGGACAAGUAUGUCAUCCCCCCUGCGGGGGCCAGCCUCGGCCCCCCGAAUAAGCACAGUGCCCCGGACCCCUUGAAAGCCAAAUUCAGCCCUCAGCCUCAGGGUCAGCCACCUGUGAAAGGCGAUGGGGGCCCCCCUCCACCUCCCCGCGAGCCCCCCUCCAAGGCCAGUCAGGAGCUGCGGCCGCUGGCCAGCUGUGGAGCGGGCCCCAGGGGGAACGCAGCGUUGCAGGCCCAGCCCACCCUGCACGCCAGCAAGCCGGAGCCCGCAUCGGACAGCCACGAGAAGCGCCUGGACAUCCUCAAUAUAUUUAAGACGUACAUUCCAAAGGACUUUGCUUCUCUGUACCAGAGCUGGGGUGCCAACGGUCCUGCGCUGGAGCACGGAGGGACGCUCCGGACGCAGGCCCGCCAAGGAGACUUCGUCUGCGUGGAGUGUGGGACGCGCUUCCACCAGCCUGGCCACCUCAGGGCCCACACGCGGGCCCACACAGCGGCAUUGGGCUCUCAUGGCCUCCGAGGGGCCGAAGUCCAUGCCACCCCCGCAGAUGCCCCCAAACAAGGGAGAGACCAUUCUAACCCAGAUACCGUCCAGACAGUGCCUCUCAGAAAGGGAACCUAGAGACUCGUUUCCAGCGUCCCCCGGUGCCCUGUGACAGCCGUUAGCAGCCCCCUCAUGGACGUCCCAGCAGUGACCCUGACCGCCCCGUGGGAGAACAGCUGCAGGACUCCCGACCGGACGCCCUGAUCCCGGAGCUGCCGUGCUGGAGUGGAGACUGAGGGGAGAUGCUUCUCCUCCCUGUGAGACGUUUAGAAUAAAUGAAGACGGUCUGCUCUGGACUCACAUGUAGAUAUUCUCUAUGCAUCUAUGUGCUCAUUGACCACAGUCCCCUAUUUGCUUAUAAUAAACAGUGGUGUUGGCAGGCCCAGUAGGAGCACAUCUGAGACACUGGAGAGAUUCUCGCGCGUGCCGGAGGGACUGAAGACGAUGAACGCCGUGCAGGAGCCGCCGGUGCUCAGGAGGACUGUUGGGUGAUGUCAGGACACGCGGUGCUGGAGCUGACCUUGGUAGCGUGUUAACACCACGGCCUCUCUGUGGCGUAGGGGGUACUUAACAUCGUCCGUAAGAGAGGAAGGAGGUCGCGUUGGGCACUGUGAAAAGCAGGCUCGGUGGCGCGGGGCCGCGACGAGGUCCUAACUGUCUGGUGGCCUUCGGGGGCCGUGGGCGUUUCCUCUUAGCUCUUUCUGUCCUUCCCAUCAUUUGUGCUCAGCGAGCCCGCAGAGGAAGCACAUCUGUGGGAGCGCUUAUGUUCUGCUUUGGAAAGAGCUAGUUGAACACUAAGACACGCAGGCUUCUUUGAUUAUUCUCAGGACCUUUUUGUAACAGGGCUACGUUCUGCAAACUGCUCACCAAGGAAGACUGCCCGUAAAUUCUCUAGCCACUGAACCCUCCUGGUCUAGACCCGCUUUAGUGAUGGCGGGAGAAACCCUGAGCAGAUUUGGGGGCCCUGGUGCUCUGGAACCCUCUGCUCUCCCUCCCUCCCUUCCUCCCCCCUCUUCCCUUCCAUCUGUCCCUCCACCAGCCCAGCAAGUAGGUGUCUUUUCUUCUUGGGCCUGGGGACCUCCGUAGGAUGAGUACCUUCACUCCCAGAGCGUGGAGGUCCCCAGCCCCUGGGUGGGGGCGGCUAUAUUAUAUACCUCUUCCUCAGUCCCGCAAAUGCAAGUUUUUGUGGUGGGGGUUAAGGCCAAUAACAAAGGAUCUUAAACCGUGCAGUGUACGCAGUUAAAAUCGUAUUCCACAGAUAUAAAUAUUUUCUUUUCCUGUUACCGUGACACUAUGUGUGAUGGUAAUAUUUCUGAGAGUUUCAGAUUUUUGCACAUAUGAUUUUAUGCAUUAUCAAAAGUUACUGCUGCCUUGAAUGAAGAUGUUCUGUGAAAUUUUUUGCAAAAGCUUUACUAGGUUUUUUUUAAUUGUGAAAUUUUGUAAAGGCAGGAAAUGGAUUAAAACGAGCAUGCUAAAUAUAUUUUUCAAAAAAGCAAUAAUUUUACAUGUACAGAAAUUAUGCUAACCUUUAAUACUGGUGAGAGCGACAGUUUACUUAAUACAGUAAUGGAUUAGUCAGUUUUUUGUAGAAAAUGGGCUUCUGAUACAAAGAUUUGUUUAAGCACGUGCGCACGCGCACGCACACACACAAACCCUAAAGUGUGGUUUUCCUGUUGUAAUGAUUUGUUGAAUUAUUAUUAUAUUAUUAUUAUUGUUGAUGUUGUUCUUAGUUAAUGUUUGGUUCUGGAUUCUACUUGUUACUGAAUUUAAAUUACUUGAGGUUCCGGUUACUUUGCAACGCUUGCAAACUGCAGUGUAACCGGCUAGCUUCUCAUACAUAUGGAUGUGCACACACAUGUGUACACGUAUGUGUGUAUAUGUAACGUUUCUACUUAUUUUUUCCUGAUAUUCUUACACCAGAUAUGUACCAGAAUGAUCUGUUGUGUCCGUGUGAUUAGGAAUGUCCACGCAGAUUGUUAUCGAGCAGCUGUAAGUGACUGUUCUGUAAAGUUAUUUUGAGCAAAGUCGCAGAGACACAUUCCUCUGUUCACCUUAGAAAUCAGAAUGCCUUUCUGUUGACUUAUGUUUGAUCAUUUUGAUAGUUUCCCCAAAGUGAUAAUUUCCGCAUUUCAUUUUCUCGGCUGAAAGCGAGUAGUGACAGUUCAGGAAUGCGCAGGGGCUGCUGAUCCAGUCCCGCCUGUUUCUCUGUGUUCUAGUGAUUAAAAGCAGUUCUGUACCCAAAGUGACACGGAAGUGUCGUGUCCAUUCUUCCUGUUUCGGAAGCGGUACCCGGGAGCCCCGCCAGCAGUCGGAGCUGCCUGGUGGCGAGAGGGAGCUGCCUGGUGGCGAGAGGUGCCUGGGGUGCCGUGGGCUGAGCGCGCAGCCCGAGUCAGCAUACGGAAGUGUGUGCUGUGCAGAGUGCAGAAGUAGGUCUCCACGUGACUAAGCGGACGGAGGAGGACCCUCCGAGGAUGCCGCCCUCCGAGACACGCCGCUCUAGGGCCUGACUGUGGUUUCUUUCUUCCACUGGUCAUCAGUAUUGUUGGGUUUGUUAAUGCGUUGAUGUCCGUUUGACCAUAGUAUUUAAUAUGAUUUGUGUUUUCUUAUUUAUUUAGCCAAUAUGUUUUGACUCGCUUUUUUUCGAAUGGUAAUUUCCGCAUGAUCUCUCCUGUCAGUCACCUUCUGACUGUUACAGACUCUUUCUACUACCUCUACCGACCUGCUGUUUCCUCGUGUCUUAACAGGAUUUUUACAGUGUUGGCGUCUAAUGUAACUUAGACAAUAAAGGGUUUGGUUGUCUACACUGCAGCUUCUCCGUGUAUCUCCCCGCCCCGCCUGCGCUCUUGCUGCUCCUGGCGCAGCUCUGUUGGUCUGGCUCUCCUCCUCCCCCUCUCCACCUCCCCGCUCACGUCUCUUCCUCGUUGUCGAUGUCAAAUAACACAGAAAUAAUAAUAAUGAGCUUAUAGGAAUCUUUCAGGUUAUUCACUCAUAUUCCUUAAUUUGAAGAAUGAACAUUUAAAUUCUCUGAGAAAUCAGCUGGUAAGCCUCUCUCCUGGGACGCACUCAGCCCUUCUACCACUUUCCUGCCUGAUUUGGGAGGGCCUCUUGGCAUCUCAGAUGGAUUCAUCUCACGUUGGUCAGAACACAGUACAGAUCUUCAAGGCAGGUGGCUUUUGCCUUUCCAGUUUUGAAAAGUAUUAAAUGCUUUUAGAGGUCCGCUCCC